UUCUCGUCCGAAAUCAAAGUUGCUGACGAAAGCUGCUCUCCAACGCAGCCGUGUGUAAUGCGUGUCAUUGGAGUGGAAAAACUUGAAAUCUAUCGCUGCUGUUACUAACCAUGCCUGAGUUUCAAGACCGACUGUCUUACAUAGACAAGCGUUAUGAUCAUCUUCGGAAGCUUACGCAAACACUCAAGAAAAAGAUAAACGACUUAGAGGAUAUCAUGCGACAAGACAAUGAUGACGAAAAUGUGGAGCAGAUCCGGCAGCUUAUCGAAGAUAUAAAAAGGGAAAAGCAGAUGAUGCGUGAUGAAGCUCACAUUAUUCGAGGCGAACUUUUUCAAGCAAUGUAUAAUGAGGAUCUUAGAUCGCAUUUACUGAACUUCGUUGCCGAGUUUGAAGAAGCAUGGCACGACACUCCAGAGAAGCACUUGACGGGAGAACUUCGCCGUGAUGAAGAUGAAACUGAUCGGCGGCAAAGUACAAGUCAAGGAGAAGAUGACAUCUACACUCCUUCAUCGAGUGACGAUCAGCAAUUCCGGGAAACGAGUUUUUGACGCUUUAUAUUUCGAUAAUUUCGCUCUUACGAGUUCUGUAUUUAUAGAAAAAUCAUAUUUGCUUAUUACCUCUUAUGAACAGCUCUUGUGUAUAUGAAGUUGUGUACAUCAUUCAGGAUGAGACCACUGUUAGUUUGCACGUAGAUUUGGUAGUUGAUUUGACGUAUACUCUAGUCAACAAUUUGAAGAUGUAUCAAAUUUAUUGUAAAGAAAAAAAUAGUAGCUUGUUGCUAUCUCUUCACAUGCGCAGCUCUAUUUGUAGCUCAUUACCAUUUCUUCCCAUGUAAAACCGCUCUAAGUGCAAUCUCUGUACAUAAUCUAGUCGCAGCUGCCUUUAUGCCAUGCAUCCUUAUUAGCAAACAUUGAGUUGUAAAGGUCAAUUAGAAAUUUUAUUGCUGACUGUGCAAGGUAAUCAGGACCAUGUUUCACGCCCAAUGUGUAUACAAAUUUGCUGCGUAG